CGUUCCUUGUUCAGAAGGAAAGAAUAAAAAAGGUCACCAGGCACAUCAGUGUGUCUUUGCACACACAGACGACACAUCAACGCACCAACGCAUCAUUCCCCUGGAAGACGCGUGCAUCCAAGUCAGGAGCAGGAGUAAAUUAGAGAGCCUAUUUCUUCCUCUCUCUCUUCCGAAACAGAAACACAACUUUUCUUCUUUUACACAUCACACUCUGUGAUUGCAUACACACACCAUCUAAUCCAAGUAUAUACAAUUCCCUUUUUCUCUCUAUUUACAUUGCUCGAUACACGUACACCUACUUUUUACUUGAAGCAUUACAGCACAAUACGACUCGACAUUCUUGGGCCAUUUGAUUCUUAGUUUGGCCGUUAUAUACCAUUUUAUUUUACAUUUACUCUCUGCUCUCAACCUCAUACCCCCAUCAUUGUUUUUAUAAUGGACAACAUGUUUAAUACCGAUUCAGGGUUUCGACCUCCUUCACCACUUUUUCCUGGAAAUAACCAGGGCCUCUUUGGUGAGACAUUAGGAUAUGAAGAUUUUUUCAACAUGCCAACCUCUGAGGGACUGAAUUCACAGCCGAAUUUAACCGGACAAGCAGUUCCAGUAUCUAGUACACCAACCGGGUCUUCAUCGUCAUCAUCAGCACCACCUAUGAUGAAUAUGAUGAUGAUGCCACCGUUAACUGGGCCCCCUGAGACUAUUAUACCUCUGUUCCAUCCAUCGGAACAAAAGUACUUUUCAGAGUUCUUGGACACACUCGUUGUCGAUCAGGACUUCACGUUUGACCCAAGUGCAAUACCCAACUUGCCCAAUCUACCGCUUUUUCCACAGGAUCCUGCUCCAGGUAUAGGACAGGAGCCAGGUGUUGGAGCAGGAAAUGGAUCUGGACCUGGAGCAAACUGUGGAAUGGGCGGAUUCGGUGGUUUAGACGGCAAUUCCUACGGUAUUGCCACAUCAUCAUCAAUACCAGGUGCACCACAGCCCCCAGAAUUACGACAUUCUGUUGGAACAUCAAUGGAUUUUGAUGUUUCUUAUAGUAUGAACGGAGGACAAGACCCUAUCUCAGUGCCUGCCAAGAGAACCAAGACCAACAAGCUUGACACAUCUACAUCUCCAACCCGAAAGGGAACUCCUGCAAAUGAUACUGCCUCUCUUAGCAAGAUUUCCACACCCAUGUCCAAGCUCUCGCUUGAAAACACUAACGGUCAUAGAAAUGGAUCUUCAAGGACCAAAAAGAAUAAGCGCGAGCAACAAGUUGAUUACGAUGAAGAGGAGAAGAAUACCAUGAUGGGAGACCAUGUACAAUCUGGACCGAAUCGGCAGGGUCGGCAGCAUUUAUCGGUUUCUUCUACAACCUUAGGCGCUACACAGUCUCAGGCAAGAUCACAGGAUAGUGCUUAUGAACGAAAGGGUUCUGUAUCUGAUGAUGGUGCUUCUGAUUCAGCUAAUGGUAAUACAGAGGCUAGCAAUAAAAGUAACUCAAAAAUGACCACAGAUUCCACUAAAGCAUCUCCAACGACAGCCACUACUUCAGCAGCACCAACUACAAAGCGCAAGCCUUAUAAGGAGCUCUUGACAGAAGAAGAAAAGAGAGCCAAUCAUAUUGCUUCAGAACAAAAGCGUCGCAACACAAUCCGGAACGGAUUCAAAGAUAUGACCGAGAUCAUUCCAGAUUUGAAGGAUGUAAACAGCUCAAAAUCCACCAUUCUAUUCAAGGCUGUGGAUUUCAUCAAACAUCUAGAGCGGAGAAACAGGAACUUGCAAGAAAAGGCGAACUUACUUGAGGCAAGAUUGCAUUCACAGAAAAGUGCAGGCAUGGGCAGUCUAAGUCUGCAGCAGCAACAAUUACAGCCGCAACAGCAGCAGCCGCCAUUAUCACAGACACAUCACCAUCAUCACCAGCAGCAACAAUUUUCUCAUCUUACUCACCCUCAUUCACAGCAUCAUCUUCAACAGCAGAGCUACCAACAGCAGAUGGAUCAUCAUGCUCAUCAACAGCAAUCACAGCAUGGGCAUCAACAUCAAUCAUACCUUGGUUCUGAGCGGCUACAAGAAAUCCCGAAUAUUUAUCCUGUCGCUAUCAGCCGGUAGAAAACCUAGAAAAUCUUUCAUCUUGUAAUCCAGAAUACCCCCCCAUCAAUAAUGAUAGUAUAAAGAAGAAAAUUAAAGACUGAGC